AUGGCCGCUAAUGCAGGUGCUAAAUUCUUUCGUGAAUUUUUCAGAGACAGUCCCUGUCGAAUGUCAUAUCUUUUGAAAUCUAGCGAAAUACGUAGUCAACAUUUAACGCAAAAGAAAUCUCACGAGCGGCCUCAAACAGCACCAAGUAUCCUGCUGAAUCGAGCAUCGUCAUUGGUCAGCAUCAGAAAGCCAAAUAGCAGUACAAGUACUGUCCGAAAAGAUCCUUCCAGGAAGCAUCCGAAUACCACCGGCAUCGGUGGUAACGAAAACUUGAACACAACACCACAACGGAACCCACAACCGUCGUCACGGAAACCGGGAGGCUGCAAGGUGUGCCUUCCGAAUGAUCCGACCGGUUUUUUGCUAAACGAAAUCGACCACAUCCGUGAUCGUAUACUCGAUCGACCGGAAAGUAUCAGUUGCCGUCAGGCUAUCGCUCUCGUGCAAGACAUUCGUAACCGAUGCGAUGCGAUUGUUCUUCCAGUCGACGGUAGUGAAACGGGUGCUAGAGUUAAAUUUUUCGGUGGCCGGGUGGAAGGUUUCGGUAAGGUGGCACAAAUCAAACGAAGGCCUUCGGAGGAGCUUGCCGCUUUAAUAGCGAAGCGAGAGAAAACAAUAUCACAGAAAAGGAUGCUGCAGUCUCCGCUAAGUGGUUGGUUUCCAAAAGGCGAUGACCGGACCGAAUUCCCCGAGGCGAUAGCACCGAGGACCAAACAAAUCUAA